UUGACCAAACUUGAUUCUAAAGAAAGAAAGCAAAAGAGAUAACAAAGAUGAAGACGACUCUCACAUCUUCUCUUUUUCUGAUUUUUCUCUUCCUCUUCAUCUCUCUCUCUCUCUCUAGAGCUUGUUGAUUGAUGAUCUUAAAGCAAGAAGAAUCAUGAGAUUUCUGUUGGAUGAUAACGAAACCUUAUCGGACUCGCUCUGUAAAUACAAUUGCAUCCAAGAGUUGAAAAGUAUAGGAUACUUUUCAUCCUAUUGUCUUGACGAGUGUCCUUCCAUCUGCGAGAUCGUCGUAGUAACAGGUCUUACUCCACCUGCAGUGAUCCACCAUGACGAUAACCUAAAGAGGAUCUUGAUCAUCUCGGCUUCAUCUAUCAUCACAACUCUGUUUCUCCUUACUUUACUUGUCCUCUGCUUCAAGUUUUACUACAGGAGAAGACUAAUGACAAUAUCAAGAAGAUGGAGCAUGGAAGAAGCUAGGAACUGGGAUAUUGAUGGACCGUCACCGGUUAUCGUGGAUCAUCCGGUAUGGCAUAUCAGAACCAUCGGGUUGAAUCCAACGGUUAUAAGUUCGAUCAAAGUGUGUCAGUAUAGUAAAAAAGAUGGUGUUGUGGAAGGAACUGAUUGUUCUGUAUGUUUAAGCGAAUUCGAAGAAGGAGAGACGCUUAGGUUGUUACCAAAGUGUCAACACGCUUUUCAUCUUUCUUGUAUUGAUACGUGGCUUAGAUCACACACCAACUGCCCGCUCUGUCGUGCUCCUAUCGUAGUGGCCAACACGAUGAUGAUUGAUGAUCGUAUAAGUGAGAGUCAAGAAGAGAUCCGUGUGACGAUGAUUCCAGAAGAAAGUGGAGAUGAUGGUAAUAUAGAUGAAGAAAUCGAGGAAGAAAGAGAUGGGUUUGUUAGUAAUAUUAUUAGUAGAGAUCAUCAUGACGGUGAGUCGCAGUCGCAGCAGCGGGUGAGACGAUCAGUGUCGUUGGAUUCGUUAUCGGGUUCAAGGGUAAGUGAACUUGUUGUCGGUAGAGAAAAGGAGAAGUUGAAGAGAGGUAAUAUUGGAUCUUCUAUUGUUGUUGGGAGGUCAAGUUUCUUGAAGAGAUCUAUCUCUUACAGUGGAAAGUAGUAUAAGUUACAAUAAGAGAUCUUCAUCAUUGCUAUAUGAAUUUAAAAAAAAAGACAAGUAGUCCAUCAAGUAAGUUUCUUAGGGGAAGACUACUCAAAAUCAAACCCCCUAAUGAUAUACGAUUUUGUUAAUCAGAGCUGCUAGCUAGCCACUCUUUGUAAAGUCAAGACAAGAGAGUUGAUGAUAUGCAGCUUCUUCUACUCUGCUUUGGAUUUUUGGGAUUAAUGUAUGUUGAUAAAAAGUAUAAAUAUACACCAAAGUUUCAUUGUAUUUGUUUAUACCAUCUGGAUUUUAAUUAAACUCAGAUUACUGUGUCUUA